AUGCUUAUGCACAUGAUCCAAGAUAACACGUUACAACAGGACAUCCUAGAAAUGUCACAUCUGCUCUGCCACAACUCUUUCUUCAGAUUCAACGAAGUCACUCACGAACAACAACGUGGUGUGCCAAUGGGAAGCCCAGUCGCAGGAGACCUCUGCGAGAUUGUGGUGAGAAAACUCGAAUCGGAAUUCUUACCAUCUCAACUCCCACACAUUCUUCUAUACAAAAGAUACAUCGAUGAUAUCCUUAUUCUAUGGAAGAAGAUCCCAAAUAUCUCGAUGCUAAUCGACUCCAUCAACAAUAACCCCUAUGGAUUAACGGUGGAAUUAGAUCAAGCCGACCCUACCCAAGCACACUUCUUAGACAUUAACAUCAAAAUAAAGGGAUCAUCCAUCAAUACAGAAACUGUAUUGAUCAAUACAGAAGUGUAUCAUAAACCAACCGCUCAACCUUUGUAUAUACCUGCAACAUCAUGUGACCCACCACAGUAUAAGAUGGCAGCAUUCAACACACUAAUCAAAAGAGCAUAUUCACAUUCCUCGUCACAAUCAGCUUUCAAUUCUGAAAUGCGACGCAUAGAGCACAUAGCUAAACAACAUGGCUAUCACAAUGUCUUAUGCAAGAUAAACAACAAGGUACUCCAACAACAAUCCAACAACACCUCUCAUUCCAAUGAUUCCCUGGUUAAGUACAUACCAAUCACGUACAACCCGGCACUUAAGGCCAUAUACAACCAGAUAGCCAAGAAAAAGAAUGUCUGCUUGGCAUUUAGGAGGUGCGCCACAAUAUUCGAUUGGCUUAGGAACGGAAAAGACACUCCAGACAGCAACAGACUUCCAGGAGUAUACUCUGUGCCCAUCAUCGAUCAUAGAGACAACAGCGAAGUAUUCUACAUCGGGUCCACUAAACGCAACUUAGUAACUAGAAUCAAAGAACACAAAGCGGACACCCUACAUCAUAGAAACAACACUGCCUUAGCGGUAUACUCCUCCGACCCAGAAAUAGAGCCGCUAUUCCCUCUAGCCAGAAUUAUUCACACCACGGUCCGCACAGAACACCUCAUAUGGCUAGAGGCCAUAUACAUUUGCCUUAACACCCUCAGGAAUAAGCACUGCAUUAACUUCAAACAAGAAAUGAAGAUAUCAACAGCAUGGGAAGCCUUCCUCAAUAAAACUCUAAAGUAA